AUGGGUCGCAAGAAAGGUCAGAAGUACGACAACCAGUCGAAGAGUUCCAAUGUGCAACAAUAUUCUGAAAAAAUAGCUGCAGAUGGCAGCACAAGUGAAUCCGCGGCCGACGUUAAAUUAUCUGAGUCACCUGAUCAAGAUGCUGGUGCUAGUAGUGUGGAGACUAUCGAUGUUUUAGGGAAUGGUCUCGUCAUUAAAAAGACUUUGAAAAAAGGUCUCGGUGGGGAAACUCGUCCCAGUCAUGGUGAUUCUGUCGUUGUAAAUUACAAAUGUUGGUUGGAAGAUGGAACGCUUGUUGACGACGCCGAAAAUGUGAAAAUGGUCCUAGGUGAUGGCGACAUAAUACAUGCAUUUGACCUCUCUAUUCCACUGGCUGAGCACAAAGAGAUAUUCGAACUGACAACUGACUCCCGGUUCGCUUAUGGAUCUCGUGGACGGGGUCCUGAUAUACCAUCAGGGGCAAAGUUAACUUAUCGCAUCGAAGUUUUAAAAGUCGAUGACCCUCCUUGUUAUGCCAGUAUGUCGAAUUCGGAAAGACUUGCUGUUGCCAAUCAGAAGAAAGAUAGGGGCAACUAUUACUACAGGAGAGAAGAAUUUGCAUUCGCUAUCGAUAGUUAUAACAAAGCAUUGAAAAUUUUACAGUUGCCUCCUGUGCCUCCUACCCGAUCUUCAGAAGAGAAACUUCCGGAAACGGACUGUCCGGCUGAGCUUAUUAAUGAUGCGAAGUUGAAAUUAGAAAAUAAUCUUGCAGCUGCCCAGUUAAAGGUAGAAGCAUACGAUGCCGCUAUCAUGUCUUGUGAUGCUGUUUUGCAAAGCGAUCCACAAAAUAUUAAGGCCUUAUUCAGAAAAGGAAAGGCUCUUUUGGAAAUGAAAGAAGUAGAUGAUGCUAUCCCAAUUCUCCAGAAAGUACUAACAAUAUCCCCAGGUUCACAAAUGGCUAGUGUUGAGUUAGCUCGUGCUCAAGCUGUACGACAGAAAGAACGAGAGCAUUGGUCACGGUCUAUUAAUCGUAGGUUUCCGAAAACUAAGCAAAAUAAGAAUACAAAACUAUCUGCUGCCUCCAGAGUUAAACUGGUGAUGACUUCUCGUCCUGUAGUUGUAACAAGUAUCAUGGCGAUUCUCUCUGUUCUCGUUGGGUUUGUUGCAUACAUUUAUCAACCUGCCAUUAUGAACAUCAAUAUAUAG